UUGUGUGUCCUCACUUCGUGUCUCUUGACACUGACCAUUGAAGGAAAACGGAGCAGAAGAGCGAAACAUGGCGACUUCGAACAAUCCGCGGAAAUUCAGCGAGAAAAUCGCUUUGCAUAACCAGAAGCAGGCUGAGGAGACAGCGGCGUUUGAAGAAGUGAUGAAAGACCUCAGCAUUACCAGGGCAGCGAGGUUACAGUUGCAGAAAACUCAGUACUUGCAGCUGGGACCCAACCGUGGGCAGUACUAUGGAGGUUCUUUGCCAAAUGUCAAUCAGCUUGGAAACAGCGCUAUGGAUAUGUCUUUCCAGAAUUCAGGACUGGACACGAACAGAUCGACGCGACACCAUGGGCUGGUGGACAGAGUCUACCGGGACCGGAGCCGCAUCACAUCCCCCAACCAAAAACCCCUGUCUUUUGACAAACAUGGACGCCAGAUUGACAGCUGUCCAUAUGGUUCAGUGUAUCUGUCACCACCACCCGAUACCAGCUGGAGGAGGGCAAACUCUGACUCAGCACUGCACCAGAGCACAUUGACUCCUGUCCAGCAGGUCUCUUUCAUCGGAGGAUCACAGGAGCUCCAGUCAAAAAGAGUUCUCCUGCUCACUGUACCAGGGGCUGAAGCAAUUAAACAAGAGGUUGAUGAAGAUGGACAAAACCAGAACUGGGAUUGCAAAAAGAACAUUUCAAGGUCCAAGCUCUGCAAAGUUCCAGGGAUCCACAUAUUCCCGUCUCCGGAGCAGCAGUUGACCACUUCACUAAAGCCAGCAGCCCACAACACUGGCGGUUCUCUUCCUGACCUGACCAACAUCCAGUUUCCUCCUCCGCUUCCCACCCCGCUCGACUCAGAUGAUGCAGUGGCCGCCUCGUUCAGCUCUUCCAACAGCACGCACGCCCUGGCUAACACGCAAGGAGUGAACACCUCUCAGCCCACAGUAACCAUGGAAAUGCAGCCUGAGCAGGACGACAUGGUUCCUCUUAUCCUGAAUGCAGGAGACUCCCACCAGCACCAGAACCUGCAGCUCUCCCCAACAUCUCCACCUCUCACCCUCACUCAGGCGGCCAUCAACGCCAUGAACCUUGAGCAGCAGCUGUCCCAGUAUGCCUUCUUCAACCAGCAGCCGUCGUCCCAGACCCACCAGAGCCAGCAACAGACAGGUCUGGUCCAGCUGCAGUCCUCCGUGAACUGCUGCUCCACGUCAGACAAUCAGACGUCGUCACAACAUGACAUGACCAUGGACAUGAACACGGCCUCCUCCCUCCAACAGUACCGCAGUAGGGUCGGAUCCUCUGCCAAUCAGUCUCCAACCUCCCCCGUCUCCAAUCAAGGCUUCUCACCUGGAGGCUCGCCUCAACAUAACUCCAUACUGGGCAGCGUGUUUGCAGACUUCUACGACCAGCAGCUCCCGUCGAUUCAGGCCAGUGCUCUCUCACAACAGUUGGAACAGUUCAACAUGAUGGAAAUCCCCAUCAGCUCUGACAGCCUGUAUAACCAGACCUCCACCCUCAACUACUCCCAGGCACUUAUGAUGGGUUUGACUGGCCAUUGCAACCUUCAGGACUCGCAGCAGCUGGGCUACAGUAGCCAUGGCAACAUCCCUAACAUCAUUCUCACAGUGAGCGGAGAGUCUCCACCCAGCCUGCCCAAGGACCUGACUGGCUCGCUGUCCACAGAUGUCAGCUUCGAUGUCGACUCUCCGUUCCCGCUGGACGAUCUGAAAUUCGACCCGCUGACGCUCGAUGGCCUGCACAUGCUCAACGACCCGGACAUGAUCCUCGCUGACGCCGCCACAGAGGACGCGUUCCGCCUUGACCGGCUCUAACCACACCACCACCACAUGCUCAUGCACAGGUGUGUGAAUGCUGCUGCCCUGGAGGGGGGGGGAGGGGUUCGCACUAGAGAGGAUAAAACCCAAACGGAGCAGAUUUCUGCAGUGUGCUGGUCGAGACCUCGUCUGGGCAGAGCAUCGCCUCCACACCAACCAACCCAAUCAAAACCCCACAAGAGAGCUUUUAAAAGAAACAUGCGAUGUAAUGUUUUUAAAACCGGAAAGAUGGUUUACGACAGAUGACACUCCCGUUAUGGUAUGAAUGAUGUUCGUGUUUCUGUCACUGCUUUUUGCGUGCGCAAAUGGCACAUUCGAUUUUGAUUUAUUUAGAUGCUUAGUUUUCAUUUCGAGGGAGCUUGAUGGAAAUAUCAUGAGGGCGGUCUCUUAUUCUCCAUCGGUGACUGACUAAACCAAGUCUGCAGAGCAAACCCAUAACAAUCUACCUGUCACACCCCUGUUAAUACAGAGUAGCUAUAUGAAUCAGAGGAAACACCUGUCAAGUUUGACCUCCCUCUGUGCCAAGCUGGUUGCUCUCAGUAAAACAUAUAGUUUGGAUAUUUAUGUAGUGCUAUUCCCUGUGUAGUGUGUCAUAGAAGCCAAAGUCAGGCCUGGUUUGAUUAUGCCCAAAUUUCCUUUAAAGUCCUGAGUGACGGUCACUAUUUUGCCACCUAAGUUAUUUUCAGGAGAUGCAGAUUUUUUUGUUUUUUUUUACCGUGGUAAAUAGCAGUCAUCAGUUAUGCAUGAAAUCACAAAUCACUGUGCAUACUUGUUUUGCCUUAGUAGCUUGACAUUUUGGUUUUCAUGCAAAGAUGACUAAUAUGUAAAUGAGAAGAAGAAAAAAGUUAAUUGUCAAGAGUCAUUUUUACUGUUUCACAGGUGGUUUGGCCUACGUGAUUCAACGUUGCAUUACUGUAGUUGUACUUUUGGGGUGCGCUGAUCUUUAUUCAUUACUUCAUCCAUCAUGACCAUGUCAUUUUGUCAUUCACUCAGUCAAAUCUAAAUGGAUAUAUGAGUCCUCUGUUAUGAAAUAGGUGUUAACAGGCUUGUUUUGUUUUAUAUUUUAAAUGUACAGAAUGUGAUUAGAUUUUGCGUAAAUGGUAUCUAUGCAAAACUACAGCGAUUGGCUGAGGACUGUAAAAUAAAACGGAUAAAAUGAACCCUUACUAAAGGAAGCCAGUGUGCACGGUUCUUAUAGAAUGCACAGUGCCAUCUGAUAUUUCUUUUUACUACUUUUUGCAUUUUCCUUUCAGACUAGAGAAUAAAACCUCAGUUCGUGUGUCAUACAGUAGAAACUCUCCUGGAUUACUCCCAAAGAUGUGACCUCAGUGUAGUUGAAACAUAUAUAUAUUUUUCCAGACAAUUGAACUGCCUCUAUACUACAUAGAACAGCAUUGUUGAUGCAAUGAGAAUGUAUUUAGGUCACAUCUGUAAAGUUGUGUUGUUGCCAUCUUGUCAUCCUCAUUGCCUCUCAUAUCUAGCCUUCAUGGACUGUAGGACCAAAAUAGUUGUCACCUGUUUGUUUUGUUUUUCUCCCUGCAAAGGAAAUGGGGCGUACUGUUUUACGUUUUAUAUAUUAUUACUUUGGUUUCCUUGGCACUCUAGUGACACUAAUAUAUCCGUUCCUCGUCACGCUGGUGUGUCUGUGCCCCUUGUCAAUUUGUUCAAUGUCUCUCCGGGCUCUGGUUCUGCUUUUAUAUGGCUUUGUGUAUUUGCUGUUUCAAAAAAAAAAAAUCAGUGAAUCAAUUAUAACUGUGUCCCAUCUCUCAUAUUGCACUUUAUGCAUUUAUUUAAAACAGAUUUAUGAGA